AUGAGUAACAAAGUCGCCGAGCUCAACCGACGAGAGCUCGAAAAUAACGUCAGCGAUGACGCCCUGUGGCACUACGACUACAGAGACACCGCCUACAUCUAUAUAGGCAACCUUCCGCCCAUUUCCAAGCUCGAUAUCCUCCGAGUGUUUUCCCAAUAUGGCAUCCCUACUCACGUCCAUAUUGUCACGGAUAAGGACCAGCGACCUCGUGGGUUUGCCUAUCUCAAGUACCACGACCCGCGGCUGUGUGUGCUUGCCGUAGACAACCUCAAUGGCGUCAAGAUCAUGGACAAACUGCUCCGUGUCGAUCACGCUUAUUAUAAGCUCAGACCGGGUGAUUCUGAGGAUAAUUAUAAAGUGGACUACCUGGAGGUUAAGCAAAUUGAGGCUAAGCCCGAGGUGAAACCGGUGGACGAGUCGAAAUUGUUGAAACAAUCAGCAGAAGUCUCGGCGUCAAUUACUGUUGUCGAUGACGACUUGGCCGACCCCAUGGCACAAUUUGAGGCUGAAACAACUUCCAAAAAGGAUGAGGAAAAGGACAGGGAGACUGAGGAGAAGUCAGAUGAAGGAAACGACGAUACCAAAGAAAAUAAGGACAAUAAGGAGACACCCGAAACUAAAGAGGAUGCGGACAAGGAUAAUGCCCCAUCAGCUCCCAGGAAACGGUUCCGUCGUGCUCGCUAA